AUGGCACCCGAUCACAGCACAAACAAACCGCUGGUUCGAAACUUUGAACACCUAACUCGCCAGGAUGUAGCGUCUGUUGGAGGGAAGAACUCUUCACUUGGCGAGAUGAUUGGAGGUCUGGCAUCGAAAGGAGUUGCCAUCCCUCCCGGCUUUGCAACCACUUCCGACGCCUUUUGGCAAUUCAUCGAUACCAAUUGUCUCCGAGAUAAGAUUGCCCAACUCAUCGAGCAAUGGUCUUCUGGACAGGCAACUUUGGCCGAGACAGGGCAGGCUGUGAGGAGACUCAUCGUUGGCGGGAAGUGGCCGGAAGACGCAGCUGCGGCAAUCAAGACGGCAUAUCGACAGCUUUCAGAGAAGGCCGGAAUCAAAAACCUCAGCGUGGCUGUUCGCUCCAGUGCCACAGCAGAGGACCUGCCCUCCGCGAGCUUUGCCGGCCAGCUCGAGUCAUAUCUGAACGUCUCCGGCGAGGACCAGCUCUUGGAUGCAUGUCGUCGCUGUUAUGCCUCUCUAUUCACAGACAGGGCCAUCAGCUAUCGACAAACCAGGGGUUUUGAUCACUUGAGCAUCGCAUUGUCAGUUGGAGUGCAGAGAAUGGUUCGUGCAGGAGACCGCCACGGAGCAAGCGGCGUGAUGUUUUCUCUGGAUACAGAAUCCGGCUUCGACCAGAUUGUCCUGAUCAACGCGGCAUGGGGUCUUGGAGAAAAUAUUGUGCAAGGGGCUGUCGACCCGGAUGAGUACCAAGUCUUUAAACCUCUUCUCAAUAACAGGCCCGACCUUGUGCCCAUCGUCCAGAAGAAGCGCGGAGAAAAAGAGAUUAAAAUGAUCUAUGGUGAUGGCGAAACGAUACGGACCAGGAACGUGCCGACCUCGAGAGCCGAGCGUGCCGCCUUUGUGCUAAGCGAUGAAGAUAUUUUGCAGUUGGCCCGCUGGGCUUGUACCAUUGAAAAACACUAUGGGUGUCCAAUGGAUAUGGAAUGGGCAAAAGAUGGAACCACUGGCGAGUUGUUCAUUGUGCAAGCUCGACCGGAAACGGUUCACUCCAGGAAUACUUCUGCGGUCAUUAAAACCUACGAUGUUGGCAAGAAAGGGCGCAUCUUAGCAACGGGACAUUCAAUUGGAGACGCAGCAGUGACUGGUCGGGUAUGCAUGAUCGAAUCGGCCAAGGACAUCGACAAAUUCGUCGAGGGCUCUGUGCUAGUUACAGGUUCCACAGACCCAGACUGGGUACCCAUUAUGAAGAAAGCCGCGGGGAUCGUCACAGACCAUGGAGGUCGAACAUCCCAUGCUGCCAUAGUCAGUCGCGAACUCGGUCUACCCGCAGUGGUUGGCACAGGGAACGCCACAUACGUGCUCCAUACUGGCCAAGAUGUCACUGUCUCAUGCGCCGAGGGUGAUAUCGGGUAUGUCUACGAAGGAGUCUCAGAGAUCACUACUCACACUGUGGACUUGGCCAAGAUGCCAACUGUCCAGACAAAUGUGAUGCUCAACCUCGCCAAUCCCGCUGCUGCGUAUCGUUGGUGGAGACUUCCAUCCGACGGCAUUGGCCUUGCCCGUAUGGAGUUUGUCAUCAACAACGCCAUCUGUGUUCAUCCUAUGGCACUUGUGCGAUAUGAUCAGCUCAAAGAUGAGGAUGCAAAGAAGGAGAUCGCCAAACUUACCAUUGGAUACACAACCAAACCGGAUUACUUCGUCGACACUCUCGCCCGUGGUUUGGCAUCUCUUUGUGCGACGGUGUAUCCCCGGCCUGCUAUCAUCCGUAUGAGCGACUUCAAGACCAACGAGUAUGCUGGGCUUCUUGGUGGAGACGAGUUUGAGCCCAGGGAAGAAAACCCAAUGCUAGGCUUCCGGGGAGCGUCACGCUAUUACUCGCCUCAGUACAAAGAAGGGUUUGCUCUCGAGUGCCGCGCCAUCAAAAAGUUGCGAGAAGUACUCGGAUUCACCAACGCUAUUGUCAUGAUCCCCUUCUGUCGAACAGUGGCUGAGGCAAAGAAGGUCUUGGAUGUAAUGGGAGAAAACGGACUUAAACGAGGUGAGAAUGGUCUCCAUGUUUAUGUCAUGUGCGAAAUCCCGUCAAAUGUCAUCUUGGCUGCCGAGUUCUGCAAAUACUUUGACGGCUUCUCCAUCGGCUCGAACGAUCUGACGCAGUUGACCCUCGGCGUGGACCGCGACUCUCGCGAGUUGGCCGAUUUGUUCAGUGAGCAGGACGAGGCUGUCAAGUGGAUGAUUGCUCGGGUAAUUUCUGUUGCACGCAAGGAAGGGAGGAAAAUUGGUAUUUGUGGGCAAGCGCCGAGUGAUCAUCCCGAGUUUGCCAAGUUCCUUGUAUCUGCUGGUAUCGACUCAAUUUCGGUGAGCCCUGACAGCUUUCUCCCUGUCAAACAAAACAUUGUCGAAGCCGAGGGAGCAUAG